AUGGGUGAGGAAGCUGAUGUGGUUGAGGAAGCUGUUGUGGUUGAGCAAGUUGUUCAAGAUGAGGAGGCUGAGGAGGUUGAUCCUGUUAUACAAGUUGAUAAUGUAAAUGUUCAGGAGGUUGAUGAGGUUAAUCAUAAUGCCCAAGUGGAUAAUGGUAAUGUUCAGGAGGUUGCUCCUGUUAACCAAGUUCAGCAGGUUUGUGUUAGGCCAAUUUCAGAUAUUUUGAAGAGGAUAAGGAGAAGAAAGUCAGAGAGAAUACUAAAGCUGAAAUUAGGCAAAACAAUUGGUGGUGUUGAUGAUCCAGGAAAUUCGAAGGGAAAAGCUCUUGUAAUUGAUUAG